AUGACACUGGAGGCAUUGGAGGUGCUGGAGGCGCUGGAGCUGGAGGUACUGGGGGUACUGGUGUUACUGGUCCUGGCGGUCCUGCAGGUGACUCGCCACCGCAGUCUAGUCGGCGAGAGCCUCUCUCACCACAGCAGCUGCGUGAGUCGUUUUCUCGACGCACCCUUCUUCGGAGUGGCACUGCUGGAGCUGGAGGCCCUGCCGUUGGAGGCACUGGAGCUGGAGGAGCUGGAGCUGGUGACCCGGGAGCAAGAGGUGCUGGAGUUGGAGGCUCUGGAGCUGGAGCAGCUGGUUCUGGAGGUGCUCGUACUGGAGGUACUUGAGCUGUCGGAGCUGGUGGUGCUGGUGGUGCUGGUGGUGCUGGCACUGCUGGUCCCGGAGGUGCUCGUACUGGGGGUGCUGGAGCUGCCGGAGCUGGUGGUCCUUCGGACUUUGGAGCUGGAGGCACUGGAGCUAGAGGAGCUGGAGAUGGUGACAUGGGAGUUGGAGGCGCUGGAGCUGGAGGCUCUGGAGCUGGAGCUGCUGGUCCUGGAGGUGCUCGUACUGGAGGUACUGGAGCUGCCGGAGCUGGUGGUGCUGGUGGUGCUGGUGGUGCUGGCACUGCUGGUCCCGGAGGUGCUCGUACUAGGGGUGCUGGAGCUGCCGGAGCUGGUGGUGCUAAGGACUCUGGAGCUGGAGGCACUGGAGCUGGAGGAGCUCGAGCUGGUGACCCGAGAGCUGGAGCAGGAGGUGCUGGAGCUGGGGGUUCUAGAGCGGCUGGUACUGGAGCCGCAAGAGCCGUCGAGGCCAUGGACGUAG